GCCCGACAGACGCACUAAAUAACUCAGUGAGGUAGGACAUUUCAAUAACCGGAUUCCCAAAAUUUGGAUUUUAACCGAUUUUUGUGUUAUAGAUCUAUUAAUAAACAAGCUGAUUCGCUUUUGUUGCUCGGAUAUCUAUGGUUGGAUUAUAAAUAAAAAAGAACUUGCAGUGAUUUUUAGAUUUUAAUAUUCAAGAUUGUGAUUUAAAUGAGAACUGUUUAAGGAUUUACAAAUGAUCAAGCGGAUUAACAUGUAUUUUUAAAGUGUACAAACGUAUGCAGCCUAAAGCAGCCCAUCAAGAUGAAAUUGGAAAUUGGACUCCUGUGAACUACUGAAGACUUGCAGAAACGUUCUUCUUUGAAAACAAAAUAUAGCAUCAACAUUAUUGUAUGCUUUUAUGAAAGAACAUUUUGCACAGAAGGCAGCAAGUGUAACAGUCAUAAUGAGUGGACAAUUAACAUCGUCAGUUUCAAUAAUGUAAGUCUUGGAUAUACCAUACAUGUUUACAAGUGUGUGCUAGAAGUCACUAUCACUGUGGAGUAUGUUGAACAUGGAGGCUGACACCCGGUUGCUGACCCGCUUGCUGAUGACAGCAUGGCUACUGUCUUUGCUGCUGUGUCAUCUGGUCUUAUCAGCACCACUAGAACAACUUCAAGGUAGCCCCCCUGAGUGGAAGCAGCAGUUCUUUGUGUCUCAACGUUCAGCCAUUGUAAAUACCAGCAUGAAAAUCUUCUGCAAGGUGAAGGGCACGCCCCGCCCAUUCAUCGAGUGGUUCAAAAAUGGGGAAGCACUGGCGGAUGGCAAGCGGAUUCGGAUAACUAAGUAUGCCUUGGAGGUGAUGAACACCCAACUGUCGGACGCUGGAGAGUACGCGUGUAGGGCUCACAAUCAACAUGGCGUGCUGUGGGGAAACAUGACGCUCCGAGUCCUCAAAGAAAUGGAUGAUGCCACGCCUCCCUUUGAGUAUGAUGACAAAGACGACAGUGAUCCCUUCAGUUCUGUAGCAUCUGAACCAGUCUGGUCAAAGUCUAAGGACCGUGCCACGUACAUCAGCGGCUCGGCCACCAAGACCGUGGAGUUGGACUGUGAUGUGCGAGGCUACCCCGAGCCCAACAUCACCUGGUACAAGGUGGAUGGGAGAAAACCAGCACUCCUGGAUCUGACCAAAAGCAAGUAUGUGCCGAACAAUCGCUGGAAGCUGAAGAUAGAUGACCUUGCUCUGGAGGACAACGGACAGUACAUGUGCAUCGUGGCCAACAGCUAUGGUGCCAUCAACUGGACUUUCACUGUCGAAGUGCUCCAGCGGCUGCCACUUGCGCCCAUAGUUGAUGAGAUAGAGAACCAGACGGCUAUAGAGGGCGAGACGGUGAGGUUCACCUGCAAGAUCAUCCUCAGUGACUCCCAGCCCUUCCUGCAGUGGUUCCAGCACUACAAGAUCAACGACUCGUAUGUAAACGAGAAUGGGACACCAAACGUCAAGUUGUUGCAGCAAUCAGGUUACAUGAAGACGAUAGAUGACCCGCAGAACCUUGUGUUGCGUAACGUGACUCGUAAGGACGAGGGCUGGUACACGUGCCUCGUGACCAACACCAUCGGCAUGAACUACAAGAGUGCGUACCUCACUGUCAUGACAGCGGAGGAGGCAGAAGCCCUUCAAAACAAGAACAUUACGGCAAGUCCCCAUUCCUCUCAUUCGUUGCAUGGUGUCCACGACCAGAUGCCCCCGAAGACCAUCAUCCUGAUUUGUGUCUGUUGUGGGGCAGUGUUCCUGUUCAUUUUUAUCACCGCAAUGGUCUGCAAGUGUCGACAGAAGCCGAUGUACAAGUAUGCGGACGUUAAACGGGUCAUCGUCAUGAGAUCGAAUGACCUGUACUACCCAGACCAGCCAGGAAUGAGCGUUGAGCCAAUCCAGUUCCCGGAGAUCCGUAUCGAGGGAACUGGUCGACGACGGCGCUUCUCAUCGGCCAUGACAAUGGCCUCGGAAUACGAGCUGCCCCUGGACAGCAAGUGGGAAUUCCCGCGGGACCGGCUGACCCUUGGGAAGGAGCUCGGGUCUGGGGCGUUUGGUGUCGUCCGGGAGGGCCGGGCAAUAGGGAUUGGCAACAGACAAGGACCUAGUACCGUGGCUGUAAAAAUGCUGAAACAGGAUGCCACGGAUCGUGAGAUGACAGACCUCAUGGUGGAGAUGGAGAUGAUGAAGAUCGUACGAGGACACAAGAACAUCAUCAGUCUGCUGGGCUGCUGCACACAGAAUGGUCCAUUAUACGUCAUCACAGAGUUUGCUCCGAAUGGGAACUUACGAGAUUACCUGAGAACUAGGCGACCUGGCAGUGAGAACGAAAAACCGCUCAUAAUGGACUAUGAAAAGCCCCUGAUUCAUGAAAAACCCUUAUCAGAAAAAGACUUAAUUUCAUAUGCUUACCAGAUUGCUCGUGGAAUGGAAUACUUGGCAUCACGCAUGUGCAUACAUCGGGAUCUAGCAGCCAGAAAUAUUUUGGUGGCCGAGGACUUUGUCUUGAAAAUUGCAGAUUUUGGUCUUACACGAAACCUAUCUGAGGUGGAUUACUACAGAAAAUGUGGAGAUGGACGUUUACCAGUGAAAUGGAUGGCCCCAGAAGCAUUGUUUGACCGCAAAUACACAACAAAAAGUGAUGUGUGGGCGUAUGGAGUGUUACUAUGGGAGAUUUUCACGUUGGGUGGCAACCCUUACCCCUCGGUGCCAGUGGAAGACCUGUUUGACUUGUUACGUAACGGCCAUCGGAUGGACAAACCUCCCUACGCUUCUACUGAGGUGUACCAGAUCAUGUUGAACUGCUGGCAGCAGAGCCCGGCACUGCGUCCAAGCUUCACGGAGCUUGUACAGGACAUGGACCGUAUCCUCACCAGCAAGGCGGGCAACGGAGAGGAGUAUUUGGACCUGGGCUCCUCCUAUCCAGACACCGUUAGGAUGAGUUCGUCAGACAGCCAGUAUUCCUCCAUGUCUCACAGCACAGCUACCAGUGAGAGUGACGUCAGUAGUACCAUCGUCUAGCAACCAGUACCUGUCUACGGUCACAUGACCUCCCAGUAGUACCAUUGUCUAGCAACCAGCACCUGUCUACUGUCACAUGACCUCGCAGUAGUACCAUUGUCUAGCAACCAGCACCUGUCUUGUUACAUGACCUCCCAGUAAUUACUAGUACCAUCGUUUAGCAACAACCACAUGUUUAGGGUCAUGUGACCUCAUACAGGACAGGGUUGAUACAGUCAGCAUCACUGACUUGUGUGACUAAAAAUGGUCUCGGGGUAAUUCCCACUGGUUUCUAUAUCUGUGGUCAUGAUUUUGUGUUUUCAUAGUGCUGGUAUUUUCUGGUGGCCGUUAUUCUGUAGUGACCAUAUUAACGGAUUGUCCACAGUCAGACUAACACUAAAAAUACUUCACAGCCUGGUGUUGGAAUAAAAUGCCUGAACAGUGUGUUAAUUACGCGUGCUAUAUGACACUUAUUAAACUAAACAUGUUGUUUUGUAUUGCAAGUGAAAGACAAACAUAGUUUCAGUGUUGUGUUCAUAAACAUUUGUAGACAGUGAAUCAUUUAUCACAAACUUGAUCCUUUUCUUCUUAGGGAGUUAACUGCAUAUGGCUUCAGUUAGCAUUACCUGACAGUAACAGAGUGUGUCCUAAGUUUGCACAGAGUGCCUGACAUCUAAGAGGUGUCCAGAAUGGUUAACCUAUUGACAGUGUGGUGCUAGGAGUUUGCAGCAGUAGUUUAUUAUGGCCGGGGAUGGCAAAUACAGACUGGUGACAGACGUCCUGGCAUUCACGGAUAUUCUAAUGUGUUCAUUGUUUGAUUUGAUCGUAGCGUUUCGAGCAUUUUUGGUUCAACGCUCUUGUGCCAUUUACUGUACAUGUAAUAUGCAUCUUGUUUUUCCAUUUGCAUUUUGGAUUUGCAUUCACCUUUCUGGUGAGAUAACGGCUGCUUAUUUGUUGCAGCGUUAUUCAUUGUUAAAAAACAACAAAAAUUGAGGAUCUGAAGCAAUGAAAAAGUGCUCUUAUUUGUUUUUUUAUCUUUUGCUUUGUACUUACCAAAGAGUAGUUCUGAACAAAGUUUUGUUUUUAGCUCAACUAAGCAAAAUGUGCUCAUGGUGAACUUUUGUGAUCUCCUUUUGUCCUUUGUGCAUCUUUGACAUAAUACCUUUGAGCCAUAAACAGCGCCUCUACAGAAUCUCAAUGAAACCUGGUCACAACAUUCGUCCCAAUAAAAUCCCGACCAGGUUUGAAUGUGUGUCACAUGAAUAUAACAAUUAGUUCAUAUGAUCAAAUUUUAAAAAAGCAUGUUAAACACUAGAGGCAAUAUUUUUUUGUCCUAUCUUCAUGAAACUUGCCCAAGACAUUUGAAGACACGUGUAUUUUACAAACAUAACAAAAGCUUAGCGCAGUUUAACCAUUAAAGCGCUGGAGCUGAAUUUUAAAGGCCUUUGCAAACAGUUUGGAUCCAGAUGAGACGCCACAGAACGUGGCGUCUCAUCAGGAUCCAAACUGUUUGCUAUUCUGAUAGUAUUCUUUGAAAAAAAUCGAAGAAAAUGCUAAUUUUAGAAAUUCUGCAGACGACAUUUUAGCAGACGACAAAUUUCCCAGCAUGCAAAGGGUUAGUACGUAUCUAAGUGGUAAAGGAUUGAUUCCUUGUGUUGUAAGGUGAGUGAGCGAGGGCCUUUUGCCCUCUUGUUUACUAUUGCAUUAAUUUUUUUAAACAUCUUUUUAUCCAAGCACGGGUACAUUCUUUCCUUACAAUUAUUCUGUUCAUUUUAGUAUCGGUUUUAAAAGAAAAACUUAACUAAAAGUACUACCACAACAUGGUAUUCAAAUGUUCAGUUUGUAAAAGUACUGUGGCAGCUUUUUUGUGAACAAUACUUGGAUCAUCGAGGAGUUGAUACUGUGUAAACUAUGGUCAGUGUCGUGCUGAUACAAGACUGUGCUGCCUAUUCGGGUAUGGGGUGGGGUGGGUGGCUUUAGCUGAUUUGUGAUAUGUGGGGUGUUCAUUUCAGUGAAAUUUUCACAGCACAAGUACUUUUAGCUUUAUGUUUUAAUUUUUUCACCGUGAUGUUUUUAAAUGAUUUUAAUUAUCUUGUUCAUGUUAUAUUGAGAUUUUAAAUAAAUGUGUUCACAACAUUUUAUCUUGAUGAUGUUUAAAAUAUUUUGCAUUUUACAAUUCUGUGCAACAUACCCAGAAUAAUUGUCUAUUCACACCUAACCUUAUGUGAUGUUCCGUAGUUAACUUGCACCCAUACACAACACUUUUCGAUUUUUGUCAUGCCGAAAUCAAGGAAAAAUGGUUAUCUAAUCAAGAAAAUAGGCUAAUUGACAACCAUUUUAAUGUAAGCGUUUUUUAUUUUCAUGAGCAUAGGUUAUAUAGAGAAAAAUAGGUUGGUGACGUGGAUGGAGAAUGGUUAUCUGGCAAGUCGGAGGAAUUUAUCGGGUGAUCCGAAGGCGAAUUCGAUAAGAUCCUCCGACGAGCCAGAUAACCAUUCUCCAUCCACGUCACCAACCUAUUAUUCUAUUUAUCCUGUCACAUUUACAAGUUUCUAAAAUAUCUAGUUUUCGAGUAUUUUGUGUUUAUAUAUUUAAUAUGGUAAACAUCACGCGGGAAAAAAAACAUGGUGACUUCACGUCAGGCAAAGCGCUUAGGCUAGCUUCCAUCAUGUUAAGACACACAGAAAUCGAGUUGCUUGCUAUAAAUUCAAGACACAAAGACGAAAUUAUGCUGUUUAAAUAAUAAUGUUUAAACAAACAGUUCUUUACAUGUAUUUGGUAUUUUAUUAAUAGAAAAAAGUAUAUUUUAUUAAUAGAAAAUAGUAAAUGCAUGCGCAGAUAGCAACUGACGGAUAUUCGAGGUCACGUGGUCAUCUAGCCUAAUAUCUUUUGGGAUAUUAGGUUACCCGGUUAUCGGGCUGAUUUAAAGGCAUGUGACAGGAUAAAUGGCACUUAGACUAAUUCAAUUUCGGCACGUUGUGGUAUGGUUUGUUAAGUAAAAAAAUAAAGAACAAAAGGACACAUGCCAGUGUUUAUUUUGGGCAACUUAAUGCAUUCUGUUACAUACUCCAUAUGUUUUAUUCAUUCAUUUUUACUUGACAACAUGUAUGUAUGUGUUUGCAAAGUUUUACUUAAUAUUGUGGAAAUCCAAUAUCAUUGUAGCUAUUCUUAUACUGUAUAUUUUGAAUCAUUCUGGCUUGUUAUUUAAUGCUGCAUUUGGCUGUUGAUUGGAAGUAGUUUGGUUUAGAAUGGAUCAAAGUCUGCAGAAUGUACAAGGAAUACACAUGGAGAUCUUACGCUUACUGAUAAUGGCUUGAAUUUAAUUUUUGUAAUCUACGGACAAGUUUGUGUUUGUUUUUUUUGGACGUUUCUCUUAAAUAAGAGAGACAAAUGUUUUCAUUUGUUACUCUGUUGAAAAGUUUUAAAAAGUUUUAAUUGUUAAUUUUUAUUGAUUGUUGAUUAGGAAAAGAAACCAUUGUUGUAUUUCUAUUGUUAGCAUUUUAGACCAUGUGGGGUACAUUUUUAGAGUUGUUACUUUACUUUUUAAAGUUUUUUUUAUAUGAGUUUACUUUAGAAUCAUCAGGAAUGAUUUUUUUUUGUGUCCUGAAGUUAAGCACAGGUCGCGCAUUGUUUUGGGUAGUUUGUUUUAGUGUUAAGUCUAUUUUUUAAUUUCUAUUGCAAUUUUUAUUUGAAGCCAUUUUAUUUUAUUAUUUGAUUAUUAUUAAGACAAUUAGAUAAAAAGACAAUAUUAAUUGACCAUUUUAUUAAGCUCAUUUUUCUUUCAAACAAAGUUUAAAUACUUUAGUGCCAAUGACACAUCAUUUACUGUUACCAUUUUUAUUUUCUCAACAAUAUUACUGAAUCUCUUACAUUUGUUCAGUGUCUAUACUGAUUGCACUGGUUUGUCAAAAUAACUAAUUGUUACAUUUAAUUUGUGUAUAAUAUUGUAUUUAACAUGGAUCAAGUUGUUUGUUGGCAUUUAAAUCAAUUUCUGUUCUCGUUUUUUAUGCCCACACAUUUCUAGUUUACUUGUGUGUUUUCAGCUAAUCAUGUCUGUCAUUUGUAUUUGUCAUUGUAUUUGAUGUACCGGUAUAUUCUUAAGUGUGAAAUUCCACCAUCCUUUGAUGCCUUCUCGUACAUGUUCAAUGUUUGUUUUAGGUCAGUAAAAUCAAAACGUUUCUGUAAUCUCACGUACAUUAUUAUCAUUCUCAAAUCUUUUAACAGGUUCUUACCCUUUGAAUACAAGUAUUACAUUAACUUAAUGGCAUAAUGGUAGAGUAACAAACUGGUACAUUUUGAAGGCCAAUUGCUAAGUCAACUGUAGAGUAAAAAAUGCUAUUGUUAAAUGGCUAGUACAAAAAUUAGUUGAUUGUAAAUAGAGGAAACCUGUACAUGGCUAGUUUCCAUAGUUUUCUUUGUAGGUAAACUAUACUUUCUUACAAAUAGAUUUCACCAGCCUGUGUUCAUACGGUUGUAUAAAAAAGUUUUUUUACACAUAGUCUAUAAUGCAUUUGAAUUUUUUGUUAUUAUUUUCCUGAUUUUACAUUGUUUUCAUUUUUUUUGUUACAUUUUGUGUGAUGUUUUCAUGAAUGCUAAUCGGGGCAUGUCGGUGUUCGACUGGUUCUACAAACUUACAUGGGAUCUCUGGACUUGUAUUCUGUUAUUUACAUAACUACCGUAUGUGUUCACCACUCAUUCUCUUAAACUCUCUUAUUAUUCGCUCUCCGUUCAGUUUAUAAUGAUUAUUUUCUUCAAGUGUUCAUCGACUGCAACUGCUUACCUCAGUUCAAAUUUUUAGUUUAAUUAGAAAUGUCUUAUCCCUGAAAUGUUGUUCAUGACAAUUUACUGCUUUUCAUUAAGCCGUUUGAACUACACGAAUAAACAGUAAGUUAAUAAACAGUGAGGAAGUAGUGAUAUUAUAGUUUGUAACUGCGUAACAUUCAUAUCAAUAGUGUAAAUUAAUGAAAUUAUGGAAAAUGUGCAGCUUAUUAGUAUGAAUGUGCUGAACAGAAAUUUUAAAAAAAGUUUGACUGCGAUGUCAUAUACUGCAGUAAUUUUUGAAGUUCAUUUUAUAAGUUUAAUUUACUUAAUCCAUAAUCCAAUGCUGAAUAUUAUAUCAACAAUAAUAAUACGACCAGUUAUUAUAAUUCAAAUUGAAUUAUAUAAAACUUGUAAAACCUUUAUUAAAGCAAAUAACCACGGUGUAUAUCACAGAUAUAUCAUACUAAUGUAAAUGGCCUUGACUGACCUUAGGUUUCUGUUUAGCUUAUCCAAGUAUGUUGUCCUACUAUUUAUAUAUGAUUCAUUAACAAAAGAAGUUAAUAUUAACAUAUAAUUUGAAUGGAUUUUUUUUAUCCAAUUAAAUUUGUGUAAAUAUAAAUAAAGUUCAUGUUUUAUAUGACACAUUGGCCGUUAUCUAUACCCGUAAAACGUGUACUGCGAACUUAAAUCACAAUCUACCAUGUGUUCUUAACUUCUAGCUUUUUUGUUUUUGGUUUGUUUAAUAAGCAGUUUAGUUUCAUUUGCUUUAAAAACCUGCAUUUAUUUUUAUUAAAAAAAAGCAUAAAGUUGUCGUCAGUUUUCAAUAUUAUUUUGUUUAAAUUUUCACUUACCCGUUCUGAGAACAUGACGGGUAACUGUCGUGUCCAUACCAUUUGUUGUUUCACACAUCCUGUUCUGUUAUGUAAUUUGUAAAUUUUGUGGAAAAAAAUAAAAUAGUUAUUAUUGAUCAAA